CACCUUUCCACACGCAAGACGACGAUUGUGAUGACUCUGCCAUUUACAUAUGCAACGGCUCCGGACCAGCACACCGCCGUACUGGGCGUCAAGCUAGCCUAUCGGUCCCUAGGUGUGACGCAGGGAGUGCCGCUCCUGCUCAACACGCACUUCCGUGGUACCAUGGACCACUGGGACCCCGUGUUUCUCGACUCGAUUGCCGCAAAGCGCCACGUGAUCCUCUUCGACAACGCUGGUGUCGGGCGCAGCGAGGGAGAGGUGCCCCUGACGUACGCCGGAUGGGCAAAAUAUGGAAGCGGACUCAUGGCGGCUCUGGGCAUCGAGCAGUAUGACGUCUUUGGGUUCUCAAUGGGCGGCUUCGUGGCCCAGCUGAUUGCACUCGAGGAUCCCCUUCAUGUCCGACGGCUCAUUCUCGCCGGCACGGGCCCCAGCGCCGGCGACGGGGUGAUGGGCUCGGCGCCUGGGCCUUUCGAAGAGCUGCUUUCGGCCAGCGACGAGCAGUCCAACCACGCGGCGUUUGUCAAGCACUUCUUCUCCCAUUCGGCCGCCAAGCAGCAGAAGGGAGAGCAGUGGUGGGAGCGAAUGACGCAUGCGCGGAGCAACCGUAGCGACUAUGUGGGAGCUGAAGGUACCCGGUGCCAGGUUUCUGCCCUGCAGCGCUUCUUUUCGCCCGAGCACGCCGCUGAGGGCACCUACGACCGGCUCGACCAGAUCAAGAUCCCUGUCCUCAUUGCCAAUGGCAGCAACGACGUGCUCAUUGCGACAGACAACAGCAUCGUGCUUUGGCGCAGGCUCAUCAACGCCCCCACGCAUCUGCACCUCUACCCAGACAGUGGCCACGGCUUCCUCGACGAGUUCUCCGAGCACUUUUCCCAGCUCAUCAAUGACUUUCUCGAGUGA